CAUACCCGGUGACACCUCAUCCACCAACAGGUUUUGUCCCUGCGCCGGCACAGCCUGCUACUUACGGUAGUACACUUGCAGGUGCCGCACCGUAUGGAGUAUUUCCUAAUCAACCACAACUAUAUGCCGCGCAAGGCCCACCACCGCCAACGUAUGAUCAAACUCUUACCCAUCCAAUGAUGUAUCAACCAAUGUAUGGUCAAGGAUAUCCAGGAUACUUAGCGGGUUAUCCUGCAUAUGGUCCAUUGCAAUAUUAUCCACCAUUAGCUGCAGCUGCUGCAUAUUAUCCUGCAGCGGCAAUGCAACCUCCAGUUAGGCCUCCUACACUCGUUAUGCCUAAUGGGUUCGAUGCUACUAAUCGAUUCGAUAGUAUUUCACAACCUGUCUUGCCACCACCCCCAACAGUUCCAAAUGCCGCCCAAUUAGCUGCAAUGGCAAGUCAUAGCGUGGCUAUAUCGCAAAAGAAGAACUUUCUAGGAGGAGGAACAGAAGGCGGUUACACCUUUUGGUAAACCAUUAAACCUUUUGUGAAACACUAAGUCUAACAAAGGCAUUGUUGUCGAGAUGAUCCAUGUAGGCAAAUCUGAUUUAUGUUAGAAUUUUACUAUUUUCACAUUGGAAGCAGCUAUUAAAUUAGUAUAUCUUGUGCGCGGAUCGAUUGCAAAAGUAGCACUUAUUGAUUCGCAAAAUUCCAAAAUGCUUAAUAUAUUUUUUGUUAUUUCGUUAGUUUGUCACAAAUUAAAUAUGUGACACAGUUAUCAGUGCACAAUGCAAUUUUCAGAUUUUAGCAAUCGGUCAACGCAUCGAACAUAUUAUGAGAUUUAAGAAAAACAUUAAGAAAGGAAGACUCGUGCGAUGCUUAUAUUAACUAUAUUCAAUUAUAUUCAAUUAAUU